AUGCCCCAGGAAAGGCGGCGGGACGGUGCCCAGGUCGGGGGCAGAGGAGGAAGCGGAGCGGCGCUGAGCGGAGCCUCGGCGGGCGGCGCGGGGAGGGAGGGCGGGGGCCGGGCCGGGGCCGGGCCGGGGCCGGGCCAGGGCCGUGCCGGGGCCGUGCCGGGGCCGUGCCGGUCCAUCCCGCCCCGGCGGAAAGCAGAGGAGCCGUGGCGCAAGGGGCCGGCCGGGAGGGAUGCGCAGGGCUCCGCCGCCGCGCUGAGGACGUGCCCGGAGGACAGCGGUUCCCGGAGCCCCCCCGCGCUCCCCAAACCCCCCCUCCUCCUCCUCCUCCGCGGGGCACCCCCCGCCCCGGUACCCACCCCGCCCGGCUCCCCCCCUUCCCUCCCCGCCUCACCCCAGCCGGCCCCAUUCCCCUCCCUCCGCCAGAUGACCACCGCCAGCGGCCAGCAGCGGCUGGAGCCCCCCGUCCCUCUCCGCUCCUGCAGCCCGGCUCCCGGAGCUCUCCAGAUGAGCCGGCCGCCCUCCUCCGCCCUGGAGACCUCCACCUCCUCUUCCUCCACCUCCACCUCCUCCUCAUCCUCCUCCUCCUCGGCGGCGGCGGCGACCUCCAAGAGCAAGAAGGCCAGCUCGGGGCUGCGGCGGCCGGAGAAGCCCCCCUACUCCUACAUCGCCCUGAUCGUCAUGGCCAUCCAGAGCUCGCCCUCCAAGCGGCUGACCCUCAGCGAGAUCUACCAGUUCCUGCAGGCCCGCUUCCCCUUCUUCCGCGGCUCCUACCAGGGCUGGAAGAACUCGGUGCGCCACAACCUCUCGCUCAACGAGUGCUUCAUCAAGCUGCCCAAGGGGCUGGGCCGCCCGGGCAAGGGCCACUACUGGACCAUCGACCCGGCCAGCGAGUUCAUGUUCGAGGAGGGCUCCUUCCGACGGCGGCCCCGCGGCUUCAGGAGGAAGUGCCAGGCGCUCAAGCCCAUGUACCGCAUGAUGAACGGGCUGGGCUUCGGCGCCUCCAUCCUCCCGCAGGGCUUCGACUUCCAGGCGCCCCCCGCCUCCCUCGCCUGCCACUCCAACGGCUACAACCUCGACAUGAUGCCCAACGCCAUGGCCAGCGGCUACGAGGGACUCAGCGGCGGCCACCACGUCCCGCACAUGUCGCCCAACCCCGGCUCGACCUACAUGGCCAGCUGCCCGGUGACUGCCAACGGGGACUACGGCCCCGACAGCAGCAGCAGCCCCGUGCCCUCCUCGCCGGCCAUGGCGAGCGCCAUCGAGUGCCACUCGCCCUACACGAGCCCUUCGGCUCACUGGACAGCCUCGGGGGCCUCGCCCUACCUCAAGCAGCAGGGCCUCCCCGCCGCCAACGCCGCCUCCUCGGGCAUCCACUCCAGCGUGCCCUCCUACUCCCUGGAGCAGGGCUACCUGCACCAGAGCCCCCGCGACGACCUCUCAGUGGGAUUGCCUCGCUACCAGCAUCACCCCUCCCCGGUGUGCGACAGGAAGGAUUUUGUCCUCAAUUUUAACGGCAUUUCUUCUUUUCACCCUUCGGCUAGCGGCUCUUACUACCACCACCACCACCAUCAAAGCGUCUGCCAGGACAUCAAGCCCUGCGUGAUGUGAAGGCAGAACCCCAACAGAGACAAUCAGGUGGCAUCGAGCAGAGCCGAGGUAUAGACGGACCCACGCAGACGAAAUAUAAUGUGCACUCUGAUAGCAUUGAUAGUACACGAGUCACUUAGCAAAAAUUACCUAAGGAAGCAGUUUUCGGGCCCCUCCACUCCUUGAAGGACACAACACGUACAGCCGGUGUAACUCCGAAGCACUCCCCAAAAUCGCGCCUCGCUAGGUGAGACUGAGUGUCCCUGAGCACUCCGGUGGUAAAACGCCUUUCCGUCGUCUCCUAAAGAGCCGAGCUUUGGGAAAGUGAACGAGCUGAAAUAUUUUUGUACGAGAAAGUCUCUUUGAAUAGGAAAAAACAGUCUCCCAGCUCAGCACCUGCGAGGACACCCCCCCCCGUUUUCCUUUUUUAUUUUUCUCUCCCCGAGCCCCACCGAAGACACUUUUUAUGGACUCCAGCACCGACCGAUCGAUAUUAUAAAACAGUAUUGUUUAGCCCUUUCGUGUAUAGACUUUAAGAAAAGUUCAUUUUUUUCCAGUAUUGCAGCAAGACAACGUUAUGUUUUUUUAUUUUUACAAAAGUUGUUUUUCUACCACAAUAUUUUUAAAGAAAUAUUUUAAAUAAAUCUCGUGUAUACUCACACACUAUUGCUUUAAAAGGAGAAUAUAUUUGCACUUAUGUAUACUUUUUACAGUUUGCCAAAAUAUUUUGAUGUACAAAAUUUUUUUUUUCCAAUAAAAUGUAUA